CCGUUCAGUCCCCAGCAGCAGAGUGAGUUGGCUUUGGCUUCUCCUCCCCGUCGUGCUGCUGAAAUCGCGAAUCGGUCAUUCAGCCGCAGUUCAAGAAGAGUAAUCUCCGAGGUUUGUUGUGUGAAUUCUGUCGACGACGACGACGAUGAUGAUGCAGUCUGUCUGACUGUAGACUGUAGUGUGAUGACGGUGCUUUGAGUUGAGUGGAAAAAUCGAGUUUUAGUGAAAAAUCUAGUCGCGACGACCUACGACUCCCCGGAGGAAAAGAUUUCCGCCGAAAUUAUAGACGGCUUUUCGAGAUUCGUGGGGGGUUUGUCUUAGAAAAAUAAAUUGGAGUGGAGGAUUGCUUGGAUUCGGAGCACUAUGGGCGGAUUGUGUGAAAAUUGAGUGUUUUGGGGAUUACGAUUGUCGGAACGUCGGCCUACGAAAACAGUGAUUGCGUGAAUAAAGCGAAAAUAGUUCUUUUCACUGUCAGCCGCGUUCGAGUGAAGGAGCGCUGAGUUUGAUUGAUUCGCAAAGGAAGAGGAUAAGCAAAAAUCGAAGAAAUUUUCUUUUUUGUUUUGCAAACAUUCCGACCGAUCGGAGUGUGUUCCUUCCGUUUUAUGCUGAGUGCUGGCCCCUCAUAUUGGUGUAAUUUAUUUCCUUAUCUUCGUUCUUUUUUGAGUUAAGCCUCGUAGGCUGUUUUUGUGUUCGUUCGUCCCUCUUUUGAGCAACCACAAAGGAGAAGGAGCUGCUGCAGCUGUUCUGAGUAAAUCUCGAGGAAGUCUUUGUCAUACCGAGAAACGCGACAAAUAAGUUGCUUCCAACAGUGAGCACUGGUGUUUCCUUGUUUGGCUACCGGAAGGCCAAUCGCUGUGACCGUGAAAUAUCGACGAAUCGAACCCCUGAUGGGAUAGAACAGGCAAACAGAAUCUAUCUUCCCGUGAAGAAAGCCGUGUGUAAAUAGGUAAUCGACCCAGUCCCAGCCGGCCGCAGCCAUGGAUUGGAUCAUCAACGACGAGCUGGGCCUGACGGUGGGCCACGUCGUGGGCUACGUGUCCGCGUCGUUCAUGGUCGUCGGCGGAGUGCUUCCCUAUGUGCCCCAGUACAAGCAGAUCAAGAAAACGCAGGAUCCGGAGGGCUUCUCGCUGCACGUCUGCCUGGCCCUGCUAAUUGCCAACACGUUGCGGAUUCUGUUCUGGUUCUCCAGCCGGUUCGAGAUACCACUGUUGGUGCAAAGUGUCGUCAUGAACAUAACCAUGUUCAUAAUGAUCCACCUGUGCGUUACGGUGCGACGCAACAAUGCCAUCAUGCGAACCCGGGAACGUGUGUUCUCAGGAGACGAAACGCUGCUGGAGGCCCGGGAGUCUAUUAAUAAAGCCAUUGAAGAGCACACCAAGGGCGAUGGCGUAAUUAGCAACCGAGCUGCCGUGACGACGACGACAACCACCAACUCCACGACGGUAGAGGGCGCUCCGGUGGGGAAGUUGACCAACAGUACCACUAUCGGGAUUGGGUCUACCUUACCCACCCAUCACCACCAUCCCUCCUCGGUAGGCGGUGGUGGCACGCCAGGAGGCCUGAAGAAAUCUCGAUCCAGGCACUACAUCGUCGGUACGUCCCAAUAUCGGUUUCGAUCUUGUUUUGUCCCAUCCCCUGCUCGGUGGAAAUCGAGUAUCAUCUUCAAUUAACCACACCAACACCCCCUCCCUGCGCGCACAGUACUUACUUGCUCGCUCCACUCGCCAUUCAAAUAGUUUCCUUCGCCUUCUCAUCUGUUUUGUGUGUGUCCUCCUUCGUAAUUUGUGAAAAUCCAUCAGCUCAUCGGUUCCAUACUAGGGUUAAACAGUGCCAUGGUGCCAUUCCACUCACUUGUAUGAUAACGUACAGUAGCAUUCAAAGAUUAUUGGACAUAUUAGGUUUUCAAUUUAUUUAGUUUUGUUUCAAUGACCCAGCUUUAGUGCUUUGAAAACCAACUAUCAUUCCUAUUCUUAUUUAUUCCAGUUAGUUAAAACCCUUUUUAAAUAAGUUUCACCGCUCCUGUACAGCCACUCAGUAGGAUGCCAAUCUUUUGCUUCGCCAACAAAAUUCCAAGCAUCUUUCAGUUUUCCAACGUUGUUGAUUGAGCUCUAGUUUUGCUGCUGCCGGUUGCUAUCUACCUUCCCACAUACGCGGUUGAUAAUAAUAGAGGCCACCCACUUUUCGCGUAGGCGCUCACAAGUAGUACUCAUCGGUGGUGCUUCACAGAAUUCCUUGAGUCACAAUGCAUUUUUUUUUCUCUUCAUCAUCAUCACAAGUAGCAGUGUAUCGAUAGUGUGUAAGAUCUACUGUGGAAUUUCUCGACAUCAUGGGGAAUAACAAGGACUAACAAUGGCAAUAUUCAUUUUGCUUGUACUAAAACAAAGGUAGUAGUGACGUCCUAAUUUUAAGAAUACAUUUAUGCUGACUAUAAGAUUUUUCUAUGUUUAGAAACCUACGUCAAGAGUAGAUUGUAGUUCGUAGAGUUGAAACAAUAUUCUAUUCUUGAGGAUGUUAUGUAAGAGUCCUAUAACUCAAUGACAUUCAAGGCAUUAUAAGAGUUGAGUACCCCUCAACGCCCUGAUGUCCACUCUACUCAGCUACAUCAGCUAGUUGAAUUUAAGUUUAGCAUAUGAACAUAUUUUACAGAUUUCAAAUUUACCAAAAUCAUUUCAAGAUAGUAAGUUCUCAUGUCGAUUAGAAAAAAAGCAAUUAAUCGGAGAAAACUGGUUAGAGUGAGACCAAAAACGAUCAAAUUAGUUUCCCCCUGAAGAAGAGACUAACCCCGUGUUGAAACGUUGGGCAAGUAAUAAACAUCGUUUAUUAAUUCAAGACUGUGAACCCCUUUUUAAUGAUACUUUAUUAUUUUCUAUGCUAAUCUACUCUACUCAGUUCGUAACCUUAAAUUUUCGCUUUUCGUUUUUUGAGUUCCGGGAACAAUAGGUUGUUGGCCUAAGGUCUCCCUAUCCAUCGUGGUCUCCGGAGCAUUUCAUACUCAACAGCUGGAAGCCGGAACAGACGCUGUAUGAGCCGUACCUCCUUGGUGAAAAGAUGCUCCGGACGUACCUUCGCAAUUUAGCUGAAGUUAGAACCCGAAUAGAGGAAAAGAACUGAUAUGGAGAUCAAAACGUGACAUUGGAUUGAUUGAUAUAAGAGAUACAAGAUCUAAAAAUAAAAUUAAAAAUUUGCUCCUGGAACAUCAUCAUCAUAUCAUAUUAGGAUCUUGCAAGAUCCUACCAAUAGCAGCGAGCUAUUCGUUUGAUCUUGAAAUAUCAAAUUUUGAUAUUGUUUAGAUGUUCCAAGAACAUUGUUCAGAUUUUCUUUAAAGAUCUUUAUCCCGUAUAUCAAUCAAACCAAUAUCACGUUUUGAUCGUCUGUACUUCACCUCUACUUGGGAAGGAUCACAGUGCCCAGGCAGUACUAUCAGCUAAGCACACAACUCUUAGCUGGCGGCCUUUGUCAUCGAUUGACUCGUGGAAGUAUGAGGUAGGAACUUGUGAGGACCAGAGCUAUAUUAGACGCUCCUGGUUGGCGACUCACCAUUAGCGAGUGAUGUGAUAGGCACUGCUCAAAGACGACCUAGGAACGGAUGGUUUGGCAAGGACAUGAUAUCUACUACCUGGAAAACCAGGAAUCCUCAGGGAAUUUUAUUCAACAGGGACAAAGAAAAGAAUUGUCGGACAAAAGAGGCACAAAACAAGCAACAAAGAAGGCGCGAUGAUUACUCUAUAUCCCAACUGGUAGCAGAUAAUGACAUGAUCAGGAGCCAAAACGGAAGUUGAAAUUUGUGCGUUCUUUUCAACUCGUGGAUAAUCAAUUACACAGCGCAACAUUUUUUUGUCUCAAGAGCAAACUUAUGUCUCCGAAGGAUUUUGGGCCGCUGAAUCCGAAUCCGGGCUCAGAUUUGCUCCAACACGUCACAAUUUUGAGCUAUACCUCAAUUUAUAGGGCAAAAUAUGCGAUUUUGGGCUAUUUUGACUGCAAGCCAAUAAGUAUGGAAAUAUUUUUUUCAAGCAAUCAAAAGGUUAAUUGGUCAAUUAACAUCUAAAUUAAUGACUCAUGCAAAAUAUUUCGUUUUACCAAAUCGAUUUUGAUAGUUUUAAGCGAUUUAUGUUAGGUACGAUAUUUCCCAUACAAGUCACCCCCCAAAAGUUGCAUGCAAGUUUUCAUACUAGCAUAACUGCCGUGGGCAGCAUAGUUGUCCCAUGUUAAUAGGGAUUCCCAUAGAACAUGGGACAACUAUGCCGCACACGGCAGAUAAAAUGCUUAAAUCUAUCAAAUUUGAUUAGGUAAAACGAAAUAUUUUGCAUGAGUCGUUAAUUUAGAUGUUAAUUGAUCAAUUAACCUUUUGAUUGCUUAAAAAAAUAUUUCCAAGCUUAAUGGCUUGCAGUCAAAAAAGCCCAAAAUCGCAUAUUUUGCCCUAUAAAUUAAUGUGUAGCUCAAAAUUGUGACGUGUUGGAGCAAAUCUGAGCCCGGAUUCGGAUUCAGCGGCCCAAAAUCCUUCGGAGACACAUAAGUCUGCUCUUGAGACAAAAAAAUGUUGCGCUGUGUAAUCAAUUAAACUUGUGGUGUACAAUUCUAAUUCAUUUCUGUUCAAGUUGAGACAAACUUAUGUCGCAUUGGGUGGAUUGUCACAACAAAAGCAGGUUGCGACAUUUUCCUUAUUGUUGGUUAAAAAUUGAUUCAGUGCACAGGGAAAAACCUCGAACACAUAGGUAAUAUCUUGUACUCUCAGCAAAAUAUUGCACCGAUAAACAAUAAAAUAUUGAGUCAUAUGUAUAAAAAAGAAGUAAACUCUACAGAGUCCACAUUGUUAGAUUUUCCAGAAAUUCGGUUAGGGCUUCUUUUUGGAACUAAUUUAGAAAUAUCUCGUGGAUUGUCUUCACUUUUCAUUUUUAAAUUGCUCUCAGAGAUUGUUGCGGUUUUCUUCUUUUCUUUUCUCGAGUUUCUUACUUUAGAUUUUUUUAGGAUUCCUGGACUUCGACCGAUUUUUUCACUGGGAUCCUAUAGAACUUCCUUUAUGGUAGUUCUUCUUGCAUUUUGCCCAAAUAUAUUUUCGUUGGAUUUCUUCCAGUAUUCAUCCCGAGAUCGCAACAAAAGUUUUCCUCAGGAUAUUACUCAGACGUUUUCGAGAAUUUUUUCCUGGAGUUUCUCUCGGGAUUUUUCUUGAAGAUUUUCCUCGAUUCCUUGCGAUGUUCCACUUGGUUCUUCCCCAGAAGAUCUUUCUGGGAUUUCCCCCAGACUCUCUACAAGAGUGGGUUCUCUACUAGAAGUUCUCUAGAAGAUUUUUUUUUAAAGAAUUUUAUGCAUGAGUUUAUCCUGCGAUUUCUUCAGAAGUUUUUCCUGAUUUUUUUCUAGAAGUUUUCGUGUGUUUUCUUUUUUCCUGGAUUUCUACAAAAGUUUCAGCCUAGAUUUUUCCUAAAGGUUCCCGUGGGAUUUCUUUUGCAGUUUCACCUUAGAUUUCUCUCCGAGUUUUUCCUAGGAGUUCUCUCAGAAGAUUCCUUCCGUUGUUGAUUCUGGCAAGUCUUUCAGCGUUUUUCAUAAUAUAUUCUGGAUAAGAUUUAUUCCGGAAUGUCUUUUGAGUUUUGGGAUCUCUGCGGGUACUUUUGCUGAUACUUCUCAUGGAGUUCUUCUCGUGAUUGUCUUUCCCUCAUAGUAGUUUACAGUAGUUUUCAGGAAAUUGUUGUUUUUAUUUACAGAUUUCCUCAGAAUUAUUCCCAAGAGCUCUUUCCUGAAUCUUUCCAACAGGGAUUUUUUUCAAUUUUUUUUCUUAGAAUCUCCUGGGAUAACUUACGAAAUUCCAUUUAAAAAAUUUCUGGCACAAAUAUCGGAAGGAAUCCAGGUGAAGUCUUGCGUAUAAUUCCGCAAUUACUUAUGGAAGGAAUCCCAAGGAACACUGAGACAUUUCUGAAAAAAACAAGUACUGGGAGUAAUCCCUGGAGGAAAUAAUGAGUAAAUUUAAAGUGGAACUAUGAAAACCUCUAAGGGAAAUUCCGGAAGGAACUAUUCAACCGUACUUUAAGCAUUCCGCGAGAAAACAAACCUUUGAUAAAAUCAGAGAAGAAGUCGCGGGAAGAGUUCUGUGAGAUACUACGAAAGAAUUUUAAGGGGACAUUGCAGGAAAAAUUUAAGGAGGAAUCUUGGAAAGAGUUCAAGCAAGAAUUUGGACAGAUUCGAGAAAAAAUCUCAAAGGAAUUUCGGAACUAAUGCUUGAAAGAUGUCCAUAAAAACUUAAGUAAAAAGAAAAUCGGAUUAAGUACUGUUCCUUUUAAUUCCACUAACAAUUUGCAUGAACUUGAGUCGAGUCAAGUACAAGACACUAAAGACGACCUUACAGUUGAGGUCGAAAUACGUAUCUGUCAAAGGAUGCAAAUUCUUACUGGAAUUAAAAGGAACAGUACACAACCUGAUUUCCUUUUUACUUACAGGUAUUCCACUAACAAGCUCAGGUUCAUCAUCAUCAUUAAAACUUGUUAACAAAUCACUGGAAAAUUCCCAAUCCUUUAAAAAUUUGUCAAGAAGUUUUUAUUCAAAAUAGAUGAUGACUCUGAUUGAUGAUACGUAAUUUCUAAUUUUCUUUAGGAUUUUCGUCGUAAUCUCAACAUUACUAUACCGUCAAAACUAUUUAUGGAAUUUGACGGUCACAUGGUCUUGGUGAGGGUGUUCAACAUGGCCACGCUGAGGGUGAUAGGUUCGAUUCUCAGUCGGUUCAGAAACUUUUCGUAAAGGAAGUUUCUUUAAUUUUCUUUGACAUGGAGUAUCUUCGUGCCUGCCACGAAGAAAGCUCUCAGUUAAUAACUGUGGAGCGGAGAAGCAGGCUUUGCCCUUUUUAUGACGUUACGCCAAGAAGAAGAAUUCUGUUAAAAAUACAAAAUUCCUUAAUCAAUGUUUCUUCUCAAAAGAGCUUUGUAAAGAAAGUUUUUGGAAGAAAUUAGCGAAAAUUUAAUACAAUUGGGGCUAUUUUUUACUUAUAAACAUUCAAAAUUCCCCCUGUAAAAACCUGGAAAACUUAGGGAAUUUUAUUUUGCCUUAUGAGUAGACACUAGUAUGGGACAAACAUCAAAUUCUCGCUCUAGUCGACUUUUUUGAUUCCAUUUAGGUCCCUGUGCAAAAUUUCAGCGCAAUCGGUGAAACUAUAAUUUAGCGGUUCAAAGUUUUCAUAGGAUUUACUAUGGGAAAAGUUACACUUUCUGAUAAAAAAUCCUAGACGUCGUCCUUUGUCUCUUCAAUUCAAAUCGAUCAACGCAUCUUGUAGAAACAUCAUAUAUGAAACUUUCCUUUAAAGACCGCAAAGCGAUUAGAUGCGGGUGCAUUGAUCGAUUUAAAUUAAGGAGACAAAGGGUGACCUCUAGGAUUUUUUGUUUGAAAGUGUAACUUUUUCCAUAGUAAAUCCUAUGAAAACUUUGAAUCGCUUGCGCUAAACUAUAGUUUAAUCGGUGAAAUUUUGCACAAUUCAUAUGGGACCUAAAUGGGAUCUAAAAAGUCGACUUGAGCGAGGAUUUAUUUUUUCUAUACAAGCGUGUCCCAUACUAGUAGACACUCUGAAGAGUUACCCAGAGGGUAACGGAUGAAAAGAAUGUUGCCAGAAUCCUGAUGCUGGUAUUGGAGACCGGGAGGUACAGGGAGCGGUACAGGGAAGCAAGAGUAGCCGAUAAAUGAAUCCACAGCUUAAAAAGAGGACUUGAGGAAAAUGUAAUUGCUCAGGCGCAAGAGAGUAUGGAACAGAAUGGUAUGCGUAUGUUUUACGAAACUGUCAAUGGCGUGCGACCGUGUCAUGUGCAACGACCGUGAUGUAAACUUGCUGACAGAUAAAAUAAUGGUGGCUGCCAGGAGGAGACACCAUUUCCAAGAAUUGUUAAACGGUGGGAAUUGGGGAGCGACAAACAGAAUUCAAAUCGACGACGACAGGCAGGUUGUGGAGCCUGAAACGCUAGACGAGGUCAAGGCAUUCAUCAGAGGGCGGAAGAACAACAAGGCUGCUGGGAAGGACGAACUACCAGCCGAGGUUCUCAAGCACGGUAGUUAGAAGCUGUAUCAACUCUUACUUUGUAUUAUAUUGAAGACGAAGAACUUGUUGGUUGGAUGGUUUCAUUUGCCCUCUGUACAAGAAAGGGCAUCGACUGGAGGGCACAAAUUACGUUUCAGCGUACGAAAUUUUGUUCGGAACUCGGUUUAACAGGCUGAGGCAGAUUGAGGAGUCCUUCGUCAGCGAAUAUCAGGCAGGUUUUCAUGAGGGCAGAUCAACAACGGAUCAGAUGUUCACCCUGCGGCAGAUUCUCGAUAAAUUUCUGGAGCACAACUUGCAGACCCAUCAUCUGUUUAUUGGUUUCAAAGCGUCGUGCGAUUCAGUGAAGAAAAGCGAGUCAUGGCAGAUUAUGAUCGAACAUGGUUUUCCGGCGAAGCUGAUUCGUGUGAUGCUUGGCGAAUCAAAAUCAAGUGUACGAGUGCUGAUGAAAACGUCGCCGUUCGUAACCUUAGACGGACUGAAUCAGGGCGAUACUCUUUCGAACUUACUGGUCAACAUAGCGCUGCAAGGAGCGAUAAGGUGAGCUGGUAUGCAAAAAAGGCCGAACCACGGGUACGUGGUCGCAUAUGCUCCUGGGCUUCACAGACGAUAUCGAAUCAUCGGAAUCGACCGUCAGGGCGUGAAAGAGGCGUUCAUACCUAUUCAGAGGGAGACUGCUAGGAUUGGACUUACGAUUCUCAUAACAAAACUCGCGUUCUACAAUACUCAGAUUCUUCCGGUCGCUUUACACGGCCAUGAAUCGUAAACAUUGAAAGAAGUUGAUCGGACAGCAUUCGGAGUUUUCGAAUGUAAAGUGCUGCGAACAAUACUCGGCGGUAAACUGGUGGACGGCAUCUUACGGCGUCUCAUGAGCUAUGAAUUGUACCAAAUAUAUAAAGAGACUGAUCUAGUGAAGUGAAUAAAACACGGCAGGCUACGGUGGGCUGGAUACGUAGCUCGUUUGCGGAAGAACGGCAAGCUAAAACUAUAUUCAGCAAAGAACCAGGGAGGGACCCUCGGUUUCAUGGUAGGCCGCACACUCCUUGGCUUCUUCACUUCUUGGAGUUGAGAAGGAUCUAAGAACUCUAAACGUUCAGGGCAGCUGGAAGCGAUUGACCCAGAACCGAGCCCAGUGGAGGAGAUAGCUUAAUUAGGCGUAAUUCCACCGCUACGAGUUGUUGUCCAUCAAAUACUGAGUAUGUACAAUUUUUAGUUGUGAUGAGUGAAGAAGGAUUAUACCCGAGCAGAGGAAAAUAUCAAAAUAAUAACAACGAAAUUACAAAACCUGUUUUUAUAUCUCGGUUUGUUAUUAUUAACUUAUUAAGUCAUCACCGUUCCAUAACAUGUUCUGUUGGGCAAUCUUAUUUUGUUAUGAUGGUGCUCUUGGUAUAUUUUCUUUAAAUUACAUUUCAAUAACAUGUUUUGUUGUAGCACAAGUUCAGUUAUUAUUGUGUCAUUGAGACUGUACAAAUAUUUGAUCAUUAAUAUUACAACAUAACUAGCUUUGCAAUCAAAACUACACCAUUCGAGAUUUUUGUUGUGCACAGCAUUCCGUGAGGAACUGUAAGAGAAAAUAUUAUUUUGUCAUCAGUUCCUCUUCUUACUGACAUUACGUUUUAACUGUGACAGUGCCAACUUAUCAGCCUUUUUGUUUUAUAAGCACUUUGAAAAAUAUACCUGUUUUUUUUUUGUCCCAGUUUCAGUAAGAUAUGAAUACGAAAAUAGAAAGUGUAAUAGAGUGUUAGGCAUUUUAUGAAACAUUUUGGAUCAACUGGUGGAAUUCAACGACGAACAACACAUUUUCGACAAAAAUGUAAAAAAAUAAGUCAUCAAGAACUCCAUUGAUUAUUUUUAGACAUUUUAUUUUUAUUGAUUUCACUGCAUCGAGCCCACUUAGAUUCACUUGGAUAAAUGUGUCAAUAAAUGAGGUAAUAAUGUAAAUAAAUCUUAUAAACAAUGAACCACCUAAUAAAGGGUUUCAAAAAGACGGUAGUUUUUCAUCGUAAGUUGUUUGGAAAAUAAACGAAAACUAUUGUUUCUCUCUGUUUUCGAUAUUAAACCGUUUGCGACAACAAUAGCGUCCCAAUUAUGAAUGAAAAAUUUAACAAUAGAUCAUAUUGUUGCGUAUCCCAUUGAAUGCAUAUGGGACUUUGGAGGAAUUCCUAUCCGAGUCAGAAAAAAAGCAAAUUUUGUUUUCGGAUUGUUAUCAAUAACGUAUUCAUAUCAAAAUUUCGACACGAAUGCCACUCUAGUGGUAAAGUGUCUUUAAUAAACUAAUAAUAAUAAUAAUAAUAUCAAAAUUUGUUAUUGAAAUAUUUUAAAAAUUCGCUAUUAUUAAGUUGUUAUUGAAACUAACAAAACAUGUUAUUACACAGGUCUUUCAGGAACAUUUUUUUGUUAUAAUUUUUGUUAUUUUGCCGCUUAUGACAUACAAGUUUAUAACAGGAUGUGUUAUGUAAAUAACAUGAAAAUAACUCUUUCCGCUACUCAGUUAUUUUUCCAAAAUAACACAUUUUAUUAUACUGUUGCUAUUCUCUUCUGCUCGGGUACCGCCAUGAUUCGUUAAUUCGACUAUGAGCUUCUAGUUAGAUUUGAUAAAAAUGUUAUUUUUAUUUCAUCAACAUCGAUAAACAUCUCUGCUUCCCAACAGCUUCUAGCAAACAUAUCUUAAAAUAAAUUGUCACUUAAACACUAUACAUAAUCUGCUCAACAUUCCAUUCAAACUCACAGCCAUUUAUUGCCAACAAUUUCUUUACCAGCUGGGUUGCUGAUUGAUCUAAUUUGAAUGCAAAUGAAACCAUUAUGGGGCCAACCUAUUUCUAGAAACAACAAAUCCAGCAAAUUUCCCCAAGCAACCCCAUCCCAAUCGGAAAAGGAACCAUGUACCCCCACAGCGGAAACCAACAACAACAACGGCGCGCCACGGAGAUCCUAUCUCUUACAAUUCCCACCCUUUUUUUGUGCCCACAACAGCUACUACGUCCACAGGGGCCACUUUUUCCUUUCUUGAUGCCCGUGCUUUUUUGCCUCCCUCUGCCCCUAGAGACAAGUCAUUAUCACGGCUGACCGCACGGUGGUCACCUUCUCGCAUCAUCAUUGUGUGCGCCCGCAGUUUGCAGACAAAGAUCGUAAAUAUGCAAACACUAUAAAUACCAAAGUUCGUUCAGUAUGGUUCGGUUCGGAGAAUCCUGUUGACCAGUCGCAGAGCUAUAGAAGCUUACCCGUUUCUACCGCCAGCCGCUGGUCGCCGUGUCGCUGGAUUAGCUUCGAAAGGGGAUAUGCAUUAUUUGAAGAGUGUAUUAUGUUGAAAGCUCGGAAAACAAGGCGAUUGUGUGACACACUUUGAACGGCGGAACACAUUUGUUAUUCAGUGGGGGUCAUAAUUUGUGCGCUUCGCAAAGGGCAGAUGGGUGGCUACUCUAUAGGUUAUGUGUUUUUUCACGUGGGUCCACUACACUGGGUUGGCAUCACUAGGUAUGGAAAAACAACUUCGUUCGUAGUGGUCAGCAACAGUUUGUAAUGUAUAAAUUCCAAAUCAGGCAUGUGUUACAAUACAAUUUUUUCCUGAAUAGGGGGUUUAAGGUCACACAAUAAUAGUGUAUCUGUUACCUGGGCUCUGGGAGACAUACGGAAUGUCAGGGUCAUUCGAGGUCCGGGGGAAGUUCAGGCAAAUGGUAGAUGCCUGAUCAUAAUGAAGUCCUUGACAAAAAUAUGACUUGGGUGGUAGCUUCGGGAGAAAUCAAAUACUUCUGGACACAAAAGGGAAUUCAAGACAAUUUUACUUUACCAGACGCCCGCCGUUAUUGAAAGUGCCAAACUUUGAGAACUUUGAAAUGACGCUGCUAAUGAUUUAAGAAAAUAGCUGAUGAAUAUGAUAUGAUAUGCAAACUUCUACUCUAGUAAAAUAAUGAGAGAUGGGAUGAGAAAAAUAUACGGGAGUAAACGUCAAGACUUUCUCAACGAUUCUAGUUCACAGAAUUCAAUGCAAUAUUUAAUCAUUCAUUCGGAGUUCUUCAAAGGGUUCAUCUAGUAAUUUUCUCAACGAUUUAACCAUAGAUAGGGAAUCGCGCAACUUGGGCGGUGGCUUCUAUAUUCGUUUGUUUUCCACUAUAACUUAGUCAAAUUUGAACCAAUUGACAUAACUUUUGGAAUGUGGUGAGAUAGGUAUAGUAUCUACCCGUGUACAACAUUCAGGGUUGUUACAACAGCGCGGAUUUCGCGAAUUCCGCGGAUUUCGCGAUUUUCGCGGAUUUGGCGCGGAUUUACCCAUGGAAUUUGGCCCUCGCGCGGAUUUGGCGCGGAAAUGAUUUUUGUAGUGUGUACAGCGAAAUAUUUGAAUGAUUAUCGGCACUUGAAUUAGAAAUUAUGAAAAGUAAAUAUUUGUUUAACCCUCCUAAGAUGUUAGCAUUUUUGCACCACGAUAGCGUAGUGUACGUUCAGCGUGCCUGACUGGGUCAUGUUGACCUUAACAUCCUACUAGUGAAGAAUUUGCAGCAAGUUUUCGUUUUGGUGUACGGCAAUCGUUUACGAAUUCCAUCAGCUCUUCAAAAUAUUUUUUUGAAGAAAUUGUGCAACGAUUCUUCCAAUUCUAAUUCCAUUGUGCAUCUUUAUUCAACUUUCGAGUUCUUGUUUCUAAAAAAAAAUCAAAUUUGUUUCUAGCAAUUCCUUCGAAUUUCGACUGUUGGUUAUGUUGGGAGGUAUGGCGGUCAGUCUUUGGAGGAAUAACUCAAAAAUGGAUUCUUAAGCUUUUAUCCGACGUUUCGGUCGCUAUAUUGCGCCUUUUCUGGGAAUUAACUAUGCUCCGUUUUAUCGUAAGUAUGAGCCCACUGCAUAGUCCACAUUCGUCCCAGACGUAACGUAUCGUCCGCCGCCGGCGGCGGUGUUCCUUUGAAUGUAAUAU